GCCGGGGCCCCUUCUAGAAAUGGCCGCGUCGGCAGAUUUAAGUAAGUCUUCCCCAACACCGAAUGGGAUUUCAUCUUCAGACACAGCCAACGAUGCCAUGGACCCCUUCCAUGCUUGCAGUAUUCUUAAGCAACUCAAAACAAUGUACGAUGAAGGACAGUUGACAGACAUUAUAGUGGAAGUGGAUCACGGGAAAACAUUUUCCUGCCAUAGGAACGUUCUUGCUGCAAUCAGCCCUUACUUCAGAUCCAUGUUCACUAGCGGCCUUACAGAAAGUACUCAAAAAGAAGUUCGAAUAGUUGGUGUGGAAGCGGAAUCAAUGGAUUUAGUAUUGAAUUAUGCCUAUACUUCUAGAGUUAUUCUCACAGAGGCUAAUGUUCAAGCCUUGUUCACUGCAGCUAGCAUCUUUCAAAUUCCUUCUAUCCAAGACCAGUGUGCUAACUAUAUGAUCAGCCAUUUGGAGCCACAAAAUUCUAUUGGGGUCUUUAUCUUUGCAGAUCAUUAUGGUCAUCAGGAACUUGGAGAUCGCUCAAAAGAAUAUAUUCGUAAAAAGUUUCUAUGUGUCACCAAAGAACAAGAAUUUCUCCAGCUGACAAAAGAUCAACUAAUAAGCAUACUAGACAGUGAUGAUUUAAAUGUAGAUCGAGAAGAGCAUGUUUAUGAAAGCAUUAUAAGGUGGUUUGAACACGAACAGAAUGAAAGAGAAGUGCACCUUCCAGAAAUUUGCAAAUGCAUACGUUUUCCUCUGAUGGAAGAUACAUUUAUAGAGAAAAUCCCACCUCAGUUUGCACAGGCUAUAGUCAAAAACUGUGUAGAAAAAGGACCAUCUAACACUAAUGGCUGUACACAGAGGCUUGGAAUGACUGCUUCUGAAAUGAUCAUAUGUUUUGAUGCUGCCCAUAAACACUCAGGAAAGAAGCAAACAGUGCCUUGUCUAGAUAUAGUCACAGGAAGAGUGUUUAAACUAUGCAAACCACCAAAUGACCUGAGAGAAGUUGGGAUUCUUGUAUCACCAGAUAAUGACAUUUACAUUGCAGGAGGGUAUAGACCAAGCAGCAGUGAGGUCUCCAUUGACCAUAAGGCAGAAAAUGAUUUCUGGAUGUAUGACCAUUCUACCAAUAGAUGGCUAUCCAAACCAUCCUUGCUUCGAGCCAGAAUAGGCUGCAAACUAGUGUAUUGCUGUGGUAAAAUGUAUGCAAUCGGAGGUCGUGUUUAUGAAGGUGAUGGGAGAAACUCAUUGAAAUCUGUGGAGUGCUACGACAGCAGAGAGAAUUGUUGGACGACUGUCUGUGCGAUGCCAGUUGCAAUGGAAUUUCACAAUGCUGUGGAGUACAAAGAGAAGAUCUAUGUUUUACAGGGAGAAUUUUUCCUCUUCUAUGAGCCUCAAAAAGACUACUGGGGUUUUUUAACCCCAAUGACUGUGCCUAGAAUCCAGGGCUUAGCAGCUGUGUACAAGAGCUCUAUCUACUACAUAGCUGGAACCUGUGGAAACCACCAACGCAUGUUUACUGUGGAAGCUUAUGAUGAGCUAAAUAAAUGGACUCGUAAGAAGGACUUUCCAUGUGAUCAGUCCAUAAAUCCUUACCUUAAGCUGGUACUUUUCCAGAAUAAACUCCAUUUAUUUGUUCGAGCUACUCAAGUGACUGUUGAAGAACAUGUCUUCAGAACCAGCAGGAAAAAUUCCCUUUACCAAUAUGAUGACAUUGCUGACCAAUGGAUGAAAGUGUAUGAGACUCCAGAUCGGCUGUGGGACCUUGGUCGUCAUUUCGAAUGUGCUGUUGCUAAACUCUAUCCUCAGUGUCUUCAGAAAGUACUCUGAUGAGUAGUAGUUCUUAGUGUAUCACUGGCAUCUCAUACUGAGAAAUAUUGUCU